AUGCGGUUCUUCUGUCUACACGGUACUGGAAGCAAUUCCCGGCUUCUGCAACAGCAGAUUGCUGCUGUCCGAUACGAGCUCGGAGGCCGACAUACCUACGACUUUGUCGAAGGUUGUUUCCCAUGCGAGGCUCAUCCCGCGCUCAAGGGCAGUCUGUCCGCGGACGAGCAAGCAUUUUCCUACUCUGAGCCAUCGGAUGCCGCGUCAUGGAGACACGCCGUGGAAGGGCUGGAUGAUUACGUUGCCAACGAAGGCCCUUUCGACGGUGUGAUCGGGUUCAGCGCGGGGGCCAGUCUUGCUAUAUUGUGGCUGCUUUGGCGUCAACAGCAGCAAGACGUGCCUGUCAAAAUGGGAGUUUUCUUCUCCAACGCCAUUGGCCCUGACCAGCUAAAGUCUCUUGGGCUGGGCGAGACGGCAGAACUUCAGCUCUCCGCCGAAGAUUUGAAGAUUCCUACGGCGCAUAUCUGGGGAAGCUGUGAUGACUGCGAGGGCCGGGCUAAUGCAGAAUGUGGUUUGGGAAUCUGCAACCCGGAUAGAAGAUCCAUGUAUGUCCAUGGUAAGGGCCAUGAAAUUCCCACCUCGGCAGAUGAUACUAUCGGCAUGGUGAAAGCCAUUGAUCGGGCAAUUCUACGUGCCGGUGUUGUUUAA